AUGGGAUCCGAAUUCAUCACUACGAUUGACUCAGAUGAUGAAGUGUCCAAUUAUGGUGAACCAAGUGGAUCGAAAGGUAAAACACCGGUCAAGAACCAAGAAGAAUUAGAUCCUGAUUUCGAAUUUGAUUUUGAUGGUGGACGUGAUACUGGCUUAGAUCUUUGGGGCGGAGAUGAAGUGAAAGGACUCAAAAAUGGGACUGAACCAAUCAACGUUGAUGAUAUUAUUGCUAGACAUCGUGGCAAACCCCUUGAAUCAUACAGUGAUCGUAAGAGGAAAAGAAAGGUCAUUGCUGAAGAAGAUGAAGAGGAAGAGUCUGACGAUGAUGAUGAUGAUGAACAAGAAGAAGAAGAGGAAAAUGAUGAGGACGGAAUAUCAGUUGACGAAGAUGAGGACGCUGGAAUAUCAGGAAGUGAAGAGGAUGACGAAAUGUCUGUUGAUGGAUCAGAUGUCGACAUUGGUUCUGAUGAGGAUGAGGAUGAUGACGAAGUUGUAUCGGAAGAGGAAGACUCAGAAGCGGAAGCCGACGAUGCUGAAUCUGGAUCAUCAAGUGACGAAGAAGACGAAGAAACAGCAGCUGAAACAGCAAGAAAAGAUGCUUUCUUCUCCAAAGAUCCUACUAUCACCGAUGAUCCAACACUUCCAUCUACUUUUGCAGCCAUGAACCUUUCUCGACCACUCUUACGAGCUCUCACUUCUUUACAAUUGUCGACACCUACACCAAUUCAAGCUAGGGCUAUUCCUUUGGCGUUACAAGGUAGAGAUAUCUUGGGUUCCGCAGUUACUGGUUCCGGUAAAACUGCAGCUUUCAUGGUUCCUGUUUUGGAAAGAUUGUGUUAUAGAGAUCGAGGUAGAGGUGGACAAGCUUGCAGAGUAUUAAUAUUAUGUCCAACAAGAGAAUUAGCAGUUCAAUGUGAAGCCGUUGGAAAAGCUUUGGCUGAAAAAGGUGGAUUGGACGUAAGAUUCGCUUUAUUAGUUGGUGGAUUAUCAUUAAAUGCUCAAGCUCAUACACUCCGAACAUUACCUGAUAUAUUAAUCGCCACACCUGGUAGAUUAAUUGAUCAUCUGACUAAUACACCUUCAUUCACAUUAUCAGCUUUAGACGUAUUGGUCAUUGAUGAAGCUGAUAGAAUGUUGGAAGCUGGAUUCACAGAUGAAUUAGAAGAAAUUAUCAGAGCUUGUCCAAGAUCAAGACAAACAAUGUUGUUCUCUGCUACAAUGACAGAUUCAGUCGAUGAAUUAGUCAAAUUAUCGUUAGACAAACCAAUUAGAGUGUUCGUGGAUCCUAAAAGAAAUACUGCAAAGGGACUUAUUCAAGAAUUCGUUAGAAUAAGAUCAGAUGAAACUAGAUCACCAAGUUUGUUGGCUCUGUGUAAGAGAACGAUAAGGGAGAAAUGUAUUAUUUUCUUUAGAAGUAAAGCUUUAGCUCAUCAAAUGAGAAUUGUGUUUGGAUUGAAUGGAUUGAAAGCAGCGGAAUUACAUGGUAAUUUGACACAAGAACAGCGAUUACAAGCACUCAACGAUUUCAAAGCUGGGAAAGUAGAUUAUCUUCUUGCGACCGAUUUAGCUUCGAGAGGUUUGGAUAUCAAAGGUGUUGAAACAGUCAUCAAUUAUGAUAUGCCAGGACAACUCUCCCAAUAUACUCAUCGAGUAGGUCGAACAGCUCGAGCAGGUAGAAAUGGUCGAUCGAUCUCUUUAGUAGGAGAAGCAGAUAGAAAAAUGUUGAAAGCUGCUAUCAAACAAUCUGAAGCUGAUCAAAUACGACACCGUAUCAUACCCGUUGAAGCUGUGAAUGCAAUGUCAGAUAAAUUAGAUGGAAUCAAAGAUGAGAUUGAAGAAGUGUUGAAAGAGGAGAAAGAAGAGAAAUUAAUGCGUCAAGCGGAUAUGGAGAUCAAAAAAGGUGAAAACAUGGUUGAGCAUCGUGAUGAGAUCUACGCUAGACCAGCUAGGACUUGGUUCCAAUCUGAAAAGGAAAAGCAGAAUGCUAAAAGCGCAAGCAAAGAUGCGUAUGUCGAGUCUUUCCCAAGUGGAGCUUUGGAUUCCAAGAAAGCUAAAGAUAAAAACGAUGUCAAACGUGGUAAAUAUGAUGGACUGUCACGUAAAGCUAAAAGAAGGAAGAUGGCUAUUGAAGAAGAUGAAGCAGAUCAACAAUCAUCUAAAUCUACUGCUUUAGCAAUUAGAAGUGCUAAAAAAGCUAAUAGACCAAUCAAGAUUACUGAAUCUUUGCCUCAACCAAAAUCUAAAUCUAAAUCUAAACCUUCAUCCAGAAAACCAAGUGCAACUGGAAAACCAAGCGGUCCUGGUGGAAGUAACAAAAGAAAAUCCGCAUUUGAUGAUAAUAAACCUUCAAAGAAACAUGAAGGUAUGAGAGCUAAACCGACCAAAGUCAAUUUGGAUAAAAAAGGUAAAUCCGGUGGUGGCGGUAAAGGCAAACCGAAAGGUAAGGGACGUAAAUAG